AUGCUGUCGUUCCACGAGGAGGUGGUGGCGCAGCUGCACGAGGAGGGCGGGCUGGCGGUCCUGGGGGCGGGGCUGGGGCUGCACAAGGUGCUCGCGCUGCUCCUUCGCUACCACCACAUCACCAACGCCUCCUGCUCCCGCAGCCUCGGGAUCAUCGGCAGCAGUAGCAGCGGCGGCGGCGGCAGUAGCGGUAGUAGCGGCUUGGGUGGUUACAAUGGGCGGUUGAUGUUUGUGAUUGGGUUGGCGGAGGAGCAGAGGCAGGCAGUGCAGGAGGAGCUUGAGCUGCUGAACAGAGCUCCGGCCCUUCCCACAGCUCCUUUUGAGAACUCUCAAAAUGCGGCUUCCCGCUCCAGCCCGCCUGCUGCUACUCCCCGGGACAAUCUUGCAGCAGCAGGAUCAGGGUAUACUGUGCCUUUCAAGCAGGUGACCUCCCGCAUCCUCAUUGUCGACAUGCUCUCCGACCGAGUGCCUUUCAGUAAGCUCAAGGGUAUAGUGGUGGUGAACGCACACAGGGUCACUGACACAGGAGCAGAGGCCUUCAUCCUGAGGCUCUUCAGGGACACCAACAAACAGGGGUUUAUCUAUGCACUGUCAGACCGCCCCAACUCGCUCACUGCCGGAUUCCACAAGGCGGAGCGAAUCCUCAAGUCGCUCUUCCUGCGCCGCCUCUACCUGUGGCCGCGCUUCCAGGUCAGUGUGUCCCAGGCGUUGGAGCAGCACCCCCCACACGUGGAGGACGUGAGGGUGCCUCUCUCGCCGGCAGCAGCAGGCAUCCAGCAGGCGAUCGUUGACAUCAUGGGCUCGUGCCUGCAGGAUCUGCGCCGUACAAACAAGCUGGACGUGGACGAUCUGACGGUGGAGAGCGGCCUGUUCAAGUCGUUUGACGAGAUCGUGCGGCGCCAGCUGGAUCCCGUGUGGCACACACUGGGCCGCAAGAUCAAACAGUUGGUGGCCGAUCUGAGGACUCUCAGGAAGAUAGCAGAGCACUUGCUGCGCUACGACGCGGUCACCUUCCUGCGCUUCCUGGAUGCGCUCAAGGCGAGCGAAUCAAAGGCCGCCAUCUGGAUCUUUGUGGACCCCGCGCCCAAGAUAUUUGAGCUGGCCAAGCGGAGGGUGUAUCAGGUUGUGAGGUCAGCAGCAGUGGCAGUUCCACCGCCAGUGGCGGCACAUCAUGAGAAGCAACCAGCCAAGAAAAGAGCUUUGCGUGGAAAGGAGCAGGAGGGAAAGGGAGGCACGGGCGAGGAAAAGUACCGAGAGGGCGGGGAAAGGGGCACUGAUGAAGAAGGGCAGGGGCUGGAAGUGAGGGAGGAGGGAGGCAGAAGGGGGAGCGGGGAGGAGGGUGGGGUGGAGCUGCAGCCGGUACUGGAGGAGAUGCCCAAAUGGAAGGUGGUGCGGGUGAGUGAGAUAACGAAAGGCCCACUAGUAAGCCUAGAGUGGGAUGGUGGUGGUUUGGAGCUGCAGCCGGUGCUGGAGGAGAUGCCCAAGUGGACGGUGCUGUGGGUGAGUCUGAUGGCGUAG